AUGGCCCGAAGAGCCUGGGGUAUUGCAAGGGAGCUUAACAGUCAUGAUUGGGCUGGAUACAUUGCUUUAAAACUUCUAGCCUUCAGUGGGGAAAAUCUAUCUCAAAAUUACCCGGCAUAUGAGACGAAAUACGAAGCAUCGAGGCGUACAGCAGUGGUUAAGCAGAGAAAGGUAGUGAGCCUUUCUCCCUUCGACAGAUCUGUUAGGAAACGAGCGAACCUGCCGGUUAGGCUUAGCCGCCAUGCUCCGGAUUCUUCUCCCGGCUGGGUGCUGAUGCCAACGCCAUGCCGAGUGCUCACGGUCCAUGCGGUAGCCAAGGUGUCGAUUCAUGCGCCACGUCAAAUCGUGCGCUCCAUUGAUGACCUGGAUCCAUCGUACAUCAGUGCUGACUUUCUUUUGGUUUAUUUUGUGGCGGCUGAGUUCACCGAGCUCAGCCUUCUGAGCGUAGUAGUGGGUGGUGGUGGAUGCCAGCAAUCUCAUCUGCCUCGAGCAUCCUCUAGCAGAAUUCCACCUGGAGUGAUGCGAUUGCCAGCCGGUCUGACUGUAUGUGUGGGUAACCAGCGUUUACUCGCAGCUGAGCAGUUAGACUCAUGCGGACUAAUGCAAGACAGUAGCACGGACCUUCUCGGUGCUGGAGCGACUGACGGUGGGCGAAAUGAGCUAUUAAGCUCUUUCGUCCGACGGGCUGUGUUCAUAACCCAGUUGAUAAGCUGA